AUGACGGACAUCUCAAAGACGCCUUUCGUCAAGGAGCUCGCUUCAAGCGACCGCAAAGUCCGCGACAAGGCCGUGGAGUCUUUGACUCUCUUCUUGCGCUCGCGCAAUGACCUCACAUUGGUUGACCUGGUAAAGCUCUGGAAAGGUCUUUUCUUUUGCUUCUACCACUCCGACCGACCUCUCACACAACAAGCACUCGCCCGCUCCCUUUCCUACUCUCUCGUGCCUUCUCUUCCCCACGCUACCCUCCACCGCUUCUUGCGCGCCUUCUGGAUCACCAUUGGCCGGGAUUUUCACUCUCUCGACCGGUUACGACUGGACAAGUACUUGUUUUUGAUCCGUUGCUAUGUGGGCGUGGCAUUCGAAAUUUUCGUAAAGGGACCCAACAAGGCAGUGAACGGAGACGCCAAGAAGCGCAAGCGCCAGGACAAUGGCAAGCAGGGCCGAGGCAAGAAGCAAAAAAAGCAAGAGGAAACCGAGAUGACACCCACAGAGAACAGCACGGAAGAGGGAGAUGGCAAAUGGGCUGAUCUCGAGGCUUAUAUCUCAAUCAUUGAGGAAGGGCCCCUCUGCCCCAUCAACUUUCACCCCGAUCAUGCCUCGAAACCGGUCGUGGACGAGAAAGAUCCAAAUUUCAUUCCCAUGCCACAUGGGCCAGAUGGUCUGCGCUACCAUCUGAUUGAUCUUUGGGUUGAUGAGUUGGAAAAGGUGCUAGAAUUUGAGGGAGGAGAGACAAAUGAGGACGGUGAAAUCAAGGGAAGGAAGAUCAAGGGUGAUGUGCCGAUGGAGUUGCUUCUGCGACCUUUGGAAAAGUUGCGGUCCGAGAGUCCCUAUAAGCCCGUUCGGACAAGAUCCGCGGAAGCCCUUGACGACGAUCGAUUGAUUGAGUGGGGUAUCCGCACGAGGGCAGUAGAGGAAGAAGAAGAAGAGGACAGUGACGGCGAGUGGGGUGGAUUCGACGAUUAA